AUGUGCAACGUACUGCACUGCUGGAUUCAUCGAACCCAAAAGAGCGUGGGACGGGGUUUGCGGCCCGUCGCGUCCGGGCGUCACCUGCGUUGGUACGGACGGGCAAUGCUGCAACUCGGAGACUUGGAGAUGUGGCGAGAGAGAGUAACAUUGACUGUGCACCUGGUACUUGCUGGGAAGGCAUCUGCUGGGGCCACAAAGUGUACACCACAGAUGGAACCUGUGGGUAUGCAAAUGGGAACCGCAAGUGCGCUGGCAAACAAGGAACAUGUUGUAGCAUCGACGGUCGCUGUGGAAGAUACGAUGAUUUCUGCGGUGCAGGAAUCUGCCAGUCGGGGGACUGCGAAAGCCAGCAACCACAUCUUGAUGUAUUCCUCAUGA